AAUAAGUUGUUGAAUUUGAAAGACGGGCGCGAUUUUCAUCAGCUGUGAGAGUUUAUCUCUAGGAAAUGGAGACCAAAAAAGAAUCGCCGUGUGUCUUGAAAACGCCUUGCAAACCUGCAAAAGUUAAAAGUCCAGCCAGUGCAUGUGGAACCCCAGUCACCAUACCAGCCUCUCCCUUUAUGAAGAAGCUUGGCUGUGGAACUGGAGUCAACGUGUAUCUCAUGGACAGGAUGGGAAAGCAGGCUCAUUCCCCAUGGGCUAUUAAGAAGAUCAACAGCAAGUGUGCAAAAAGUCAGAUGAAUGUCUAUAAGAGGCGUCUGUGUGAUGAGGCGACGAUCUUAAAAGACCUGCACCACCCCAAUAUUGUUGGUUUUAGAGCAUUUACCACAGCAAAGGAUGGCUCUAAGUGUUUAGCGAUGGAGUACGGUGGAGAGCAGUCUUUGAACGAUCUCAUCGAGAAGAGGAGAUCGUUCAAGAGGAGAUCGUUCAAAGAGGAGAUCGAUGGCCUACAAGCAUUUCCAGUGGCCACCAUUGAAAAAGUGGCUCUUCAUGUUGCACGUGGAUUACAGUACCUGCACAAUGAGAAGAAGCUUUUGCAUGGGGAUAUGAAAUCAUGCAAUGUUGUAAUAAAGGGCGACUUUGAGAGCAUCAAAAUCUGUGACGUUGGCGUAUCUCUGCCGCUGGAUGAAAACAUGCAAGUGAGUCAUACAAAGGCCCAUUACAUUGGAACCGAGCCAUGGAAGCCCAAAGAAGCUCUGGAGGAUGGAGUCAUCACGGAUAAAGCUGAUAUCUUCGCAUAUGGGCUCACUUUGUGGGAGAUGAUGACUCUUGCUGUUCCUCACCUGGAGAUGCUGGACACUGAGGAUGAUGAUGAUGAUGACUCCUUUGAUGAGGAUGACUUCGAUGAAGAUGCAUAUUAUAAAAGGCUUGGUACUCGACCGCCCUUGGAUUCAUCCACUCUGGGAGGAGGUUAUCAGAAGAUGGUGGAGCUCUUCUGUCUCUGUACAGAGGAAGACCCUCACAAAAGACCCUCAGCUGCUCACAUUGUUCAGGCACUGGAAUCCAACACCCAGCUGUCUGACAAAGGCAGUGAGGUUAUUGUAAUCGAUUAAUGGUUUAUCUAUAUCCUUGUCUAUCUAAAAUAUGUAUGUUGUUGGUGUUUUUCUAUAAUUUUACUUUGUAGACUGUUUCUUUGUCACAUUGUAAAUACUUUUCUGUUCAUUAUUUAAUCUUGUUACAUAUGUUUUUGUGUACUUAUGGACAUCCUAGAGACUGUAGUCUAGUGGUUGCAAUGCAAUUUAAAUUAAAUGGUUUCUGUAUUUGAACUGUUGUCCUUUUGUAUAAAAUCUGCACACAUGCUCGGUUAAAUGUUAUAUGAAUUAAAUGAAUACGAGUAGUUGACAGAGUUCAUCAUCUGAAACAGUUGUUAAUUUUAUAAACAAGGUCACAUUGAGAUUGCACAGAAAUAACAGGACCAUUUAAUAUAAGAGUACAGAUAAAAAUUUAAAAACAAAAAUAGUGUCAUUUAAUGUUAUCCAAUAACAGGUUACUGAAUAUACUGUAGCUAACAUAAACUAGCAUUUUUUUUCUUUGUUAGUUCAUGCAAAUACAAUAGUUCAUUGAUCAUUCGUAUAAGUUCAUUGUGCCUAAGUUCAUGUUGUCGCUGUCCUUCCAAAACCUUGGAUGUCCAAAUUUGCUGUUUUUUAGAAAAUGGAAAAAAACACUUUUUUAAGUGUUUGAAUACUGUUGCCAAAACAAAGUGGCCAAGCAAAUUUGAAUACUUUUUAUGGACAUUUACAAAACCCAGUGACAAACAAAGGGUGAAAAAUAAUGAUUUAAGGAAAAAAUAAAAUCAUAAAACAUGGAGAUGUGAGGUUUUGGAAAGACAGCAGCAAUGUAUUAAAUAAAUGUAAAUGUUACCCGAUACAAUGCUUGAUUUUAAAUAUGUAUUAGUAAAUGUUAAAAUUAACUUGGCUGUAGCCAUAUUGUGAAUUUGUA